GACACAUCCGGUUGCCAGCAGAAUUUUAUGGCAUAUCUGCUGGUGUGUGAAAGGACAAUAUCCUUCUGGUUCCCAUUACAAUGCUAAAAUCCACAGUUCUGCUGCUCAGCUCUACUUCCUCUCGACAAUUCAUUACACUGUGGGUAUUGUUCGACUGGAUCCUUUGCGUCUCUGUCAGUGCUGAUAACUGUGAUGUAGCUAUGCGUCUUCCCUGGCGGAUUUUGUCUUGAACCUCACCUGAUAACAGGACUUUAGACAAUUAAUUUCUGUCACCACCUAACUAUUCCCUUCCCUGCACACCCUAUAAUACAGCCAUGCUUAAUGCAGCUCAAUAACAAGUAGCACUGGGGUGAGGGGGUUUUCUAAACUCCCACCAGUACAUUGCCAUGUUUGUGUUAGAAUGAAAAACUGAGUAUGGAAAAAGUGGAAAAUAAGUAAGACUGAAGGGGGUCAAGUGCUUGUGUUGGUGACAAAUAAGAAGAGCCAUCCUAUUAGUAGGUUGGCAACAGCUGAGGCAACCAGACCCUGAGGAUGACUAGUCUGUUCAGGCGCAGCAGCAGCAGCAAUGGAGGCUCUAGAAGCAGUGGAAGUGGUGGUGGCAGUGGUAGUGGGCAGCUCAACAACAGCAGGCCUAACCGGCAGGUCAGACGCCUAGAGUUCAAUCAGGCUAUGGAGGAUUUCAAGACCAUGUUCCCCUCUAUGGACUAUGAGGUGAUUGAGUGUGUGCUACGAUCCAACAAUGGAGCUGUGGAUGCCACCAUUGACCAGUUGCUCCAGAUGAACAUUGAUGGACAGGGCUCAGAUGACAGCUCAGAUUCAGAUGACAGCAUACCACCAGAGAUUUUGGAGCGAACACUGGAACCUGACAGUUCAGAUGAGGAACCGCCACCAGUCUAUUCUCCGCCAGCAUAUGAUAUGCACAUUUUUGACAGAAAAUACCCAGAAGCCCCACCAACACCCCCACCAAGAUUUGAAGCCGAGCGACCUCCUGGUCACCAGCAGGCCCGAAACUACCGGAACUGGAACCCUCCUUUGCUUGGAAAUCUCCCAGAUGAUUUUCUGCGGAUCAUGCCACAGCAGUUAGACAGCACAAAGAACUCUCAGAGCAGUCUGUCUCAGCCUUCGUCGUCAUCCUCUUCUGUUUCUUCAAUGAGCCAAUGGACAACCCACUCUGGUUCUCGGUCUGAAGCUGCAGUGUCUACUGGAGGUCCAGGUUUGACAACAGAAGCCACAGAACAAGCCAAGAAACUGAAGCAGUACCUGGAAGACGAACGCAUUGCCCUCUUUCUGCAGAAUGAGGAGUUUAUGAGAGAACUGCAGCGCAACCGCGAGUUCCUCAUCGCUUUAGAGAGAGAUCGCUUGAAGUAUGAAUCAAAGAAAUCAAAGUCCAAUCAUUCAUCUAGCAUGGAGAAUUCCACAGGAGAACAAUAUUCUACAGCUUCAGUGGAGGCCAUCUCAGAUGACGCCCUGUUCAGAGACAAACUCAAACACAUGGGCAAGUCAACGAGAAAGAAACUCUUUGAAAUUGCCAGAACAUUCUCAGAAAAGACGAAGAGGAGAAAGUCAAAAAGGAAGGUCCUCCUGAAGCACCAUUCAUUGGGCACAGCCAACUCUACAGCCAAUCUUCUUGACAAUGUGGAGGGAAACCCAGGUGAGGAAGAUGGCCAACCUAGAAGAGCAAAUACUCAGGAUGAGAAUGAACAACACAAUGAGCUAAUAUCAUGAUCCCCCAUGCUGCAACAUAUCAGGAUUACCAAGACAACGGCAGCAUGACACAUGGGUGAUGGCCUUGCAGCUCUUCCUGUCCGUACCUGCUCACCCCACCCUUAUACAAACCAGCCAAUUUAAGGCUCAGCCAUGAGUUGAGACUCCACUCCUUUCCAGGGUGAGGGGCGGGACUGAAGCACUGGACUGUCUGUAAAUGCAUUCUCUGUAUUAUAACACUUUGUUCAUAUAUAAUUUUAAAUGUAAAGGAAAAUUCAUUAGUCCUUACCAGUAUUUCUUAACAGCCUCCUUUAAUCCACUGAAAAGAACAGUAGCGUAGUGAUGAUCUUGCUAUAUAAACCUUUAUUUUUCCAGUCCUGUACAGUAGCGGAUUGUUUGAUUCUGACUGGAGCUGCUCAGGCUGGGCAUUUCAAAUUCAUAGUGUGCAUACUUAUGUAGAUUUUUUUUACCUCCUUUUAUUAAUCAAAUUCUGUGAUUUUGCUGCUUGUGAGUGUCAGGGGUUAUGUAACUGAAAUUCUCAUGUGUCAGAAUAUUGUGGCCAUUUAAAUUGUGGUCGCUCAAAUGUUAACACCUCCUCCUAGCUAUAAUGACCAGUUGAUCACACUUAAAGGACUUUGUUCUUAGAACAAACAUUUCAAGCAGUUAACUAGUUUGGUUUAUUUGGUGAGGUGAUAAUGGUGCCAUUCAUUUUAUUGUAGCGCCACUAACAGCACAGUUGCACAGGCAGAAGUUGGGAUGCUACAUAAAAUAGCUACAGUACAGUAACCCUGUAAGAAAGAUCAUGAGCAAUGCAGGUGUCAAACAGGACAAGUUUCAAAAGUUAGGAUAACUAGAACACAUAAACUUGAAACAAAUUAUUGUUUGGCUGGUUGGGAGGCCCAAAACCCACACUUGACACCCUGAUAUUGCUAGCAUAGACAAAAGGUGGGAUGAGCAAUUGUGGAGAAAGAUAGUUGAUUGCUGAAUCUUCUUCCCAGGACGUCUGUAUUUGAAAUCCAGGAAAUGAGAUUCAACAAUAGUGCCUCAGACCAAGCAACCACCUCAAAGCAUCUGUAUUUGACAACCUAGGAGUGAAACUCCAGCAUAAACUAUGAUCAUCCAGAAUCGCUCACCCCACGUCUAGAAACAUGCGGAGACAUGUAGCAUGUUAUCAGCCCGCCCCAGGAUCAUUACUUUUAGCAGCAGUUAAGGAGUAUAUGCACCUGUGAUCACAAAAUUCACAGUAAAAUUUUGAAUUAAUAGGAUAUGUCGAGGAAAUGCUGAGACAACUAGACGAACAUGAAGAAGAUGCUGUUUAAAAAUGAAAGUGUAGCAAUUAAUUCAGUACACGUUUGAAUAAAUUCUGACAAAUAGACAGCUCCCAAAUGUCAAGAUCUACCUCCUCUUACCCAUAAGCCCUUACAUUAUUAAGGCUAUGUCCUGUUAGUUUGAAUUAUGUCUUCAUUUCUGUCACAUCCAGAAAUUCACAGACCUGCAUUUUUGGGAAUUACAAUAUUAUUAUUAUGUUUAAUGGCAUGGCUCUCACUUCGCCUAUUGAACCCAACUAGGAGUGUGAGUCUGCUAAGCUGGACAUGCUUGGAAUGAGCAUGCCCCACUGCAUUCACUGCUUCACUUGAACUUCCAUUAAACCUAAAACAGUAAUUGUUAUGGAAAUAAGAAAUAUCACUCAUACUACGUUUCUAUAUCUCCGAUUGUCCCUGUAGUUUCAUUACAGGGAAACUGAAGAUCAUUUCCUUUUUUGAUCUUGUUAUCUUGAGUGAAUGAAAACCAAAACCUGUAAACGGUGGCACGAUGUUCAGACAUGAGAGAAUAAAGGGUGUGUCUGUUAGGGACGAUACAGCAUUUGAAAUGAUUUUUAAUGUGGAGAUUCGUUCUGAUAGGUGCCACUGAAAUUGGACACUGAAGUUAGAGAAAAUGUAAAAAAAAGAAAAAGAAAAAAAAAAGAAAAACGUGAGGUUUUCAUCCAUCCCUUUCUACUGCCCUUUUCUUUUGUAUGUGUAGAUGUACAACUAGCAUGGAAUGAAGUAAAAAGUCUAAUGUAGCCUGUGUAAACAGAAGGUGUUAGAAGAGGAACACAAACAAAUGUCUGCCAUGGACAUAACUUUACAAUGCAGAGGUUCCAAGAAAACUGCCAGACUUAAGGCUCUAGACAAACUAGAUGAAUUAACCUUCAAUCUGUUAAAUCAACUUUCUUUCUCCCUUUGUGAAUAAAGUGUUUUUUAAUCACUUCAGAACAUAUUAAAUUGAUCACUCUGGA